AUGGAAUGCAAGGGGGAGGAAUUCAUGCUAUCCACAAAUUUCCUGUUAUCCGGGAACAACUACAGGAAAGUGGCAUUUCUCUUCAACUUCAUGCAACUGGGGAUGGUGGCAGAGUCUACCUUUUUCAAAAUCCAGGAUACCUACUGCAUCGAACCAAUUGAUGAGUUCUGGCAGAAAAUCCGAGCCGACGUUCUGACCCGUUUGCGUGCAAAGGACAAGGUGGUUGUUCUUGGUGAUGGCAGAAUGGAUUCUCCAGGGCAUGCUGUUAUAAACCACGUUCGCAACCAGCACACCUGGGCUACUGUAUCGUGUGAGCAUGAACCACUUGGCGAUGGUACUCAGGAUAAAACGUGGAUAGAACAAGGUUCAGCAGCUCACCAAGCAUUAGUAGCCAUCGUCCAGGAAAAGCGUUGGUUGAAGAAUGUUAAGAAGUUCAUCAACUUCAGGACUACAUCAGAUAUGGAAAACUUCCAAAAUCACAUACUCAUGUAUGCAGGGAAGCGGUAUUCCUACAACGCAGCAGUGUAUUGCACGCGGACAGUACUUGCAGCAAUAGACUACAACUGUCACAAUCGCCGGCUCCCUUCAAGAAAUAGAGAUGAAAUAAGAUUUACAGACGAUACUACAACAAGCGUUCAAAAUUCUGGAGUGUCGACACAUUGAAGGUGAAAAAGGAUUACUCCUACAUACCAGACCUGCAGAGGGCCAUCGUUGCAAAGAGGCUGCAAAGGGGAGGUGGUCUUCCUAGGAAACAGACCCUCAGGCCAGAUGAUCCCAAGCGCUUAGGCCUUCUGGCUCCGGUACAGCUAUCCCCUACAGCAGAGCUAGUUGGGGCACAUGU